UAGCAGUCAAGGUUUGCUGAGCAGGUCCGACUUUCGACAGCAGGUUUCCCUCCACAAAGAGAAUCACUACUUUGUUGAUAGUGAAUCGGACUGCGCGUGCGAGCGCGACUGUUGUUUAUUGCGCUUAAAUUGCGAUCUUUACUGAGAUAAUGGAGCGCUGGGUUGGCAAGACUGCGGUAGUGACAGGCGCUAGUGCGGGGAUCGGGGCGGCGGUGUGCGUCGCGCUAGCUGACGCUGGGAUGAAGGUCGUCGGGCUCGCGAGGAGAGCGCCGUUAGUUGAGAAACUGCAGUCGCGCGUCACGGGUAAGGGGAGUAUAGUGGGCAAACAGUGCGACGUGUCGCAGCAGAGCGAGGUCGCCGCUGUGUUCCAGUGGGUGGACGACACGCUCGGCGGGGUGGAUGUCCUCGUCAAUAAUGCUGGCGUCUUCUUUCCGGGGGGUAUGACUGACGUGGGUCCGAAGCCAACGCCAGAAGAUAAUCUUUUGAAAUGCAUUGACGUCAACGUGAAAGGUGUGGUAAUGUGCACGCGCCGCGCUGUCGCCUCCAUGCGUCGACGCGGCGUCGCCGGACAUAUUGUCAACAUUAACAGUAUUGCGGGCCACUACAUUCCCUUCGAUUCGAUGUUCAACGUGUACCCGGGGAGCAAGCACGCCGUUACCGGCAUCACCGCGUCUCUUGACAACGAGCUCUGCGACUUCGGCAGCAAGAUCAAAACAACGAGUAUAUCCCCCGGACUCGUAGCGACGGACAUGGUGAUUGCCGAAAUGGGGGGUGCCCCGCUGACAGCGCCGGCGCUGCAACCCGAGGACGUGGCCGAGGCUGUGCGUUACGUCGUGUCUACCCCACCCUCCGUCAACAUUAACGAGUUAACCAUUACGCCUGUCGGUGGAAAACGGCUUUGAGACUUCGGAAUAGAGAAAAAAUUCUUACUCUAUUCUAUGGUACUGUUGAUACGAAAAAAAAACAAAUAAUUAUAACAUUCGCACCCAAUAAAGUAAUAUAAAUAAUAAUAAUAAAGCAGUCCACUGACUACCGCUAAGUUUAGUCAUAAGCUCAUAAUCAUAAGAUAUAAUCUUAUAGAAGCUAAAUCAAUAAUUUUAGGUUUAUUUUAAGAUAAAGCGUUUCCCCUCUACUCAGAUAUGCAAUUUAUGAAUAUUGUGUUUUUUGAUAUAAGUAACUAUUAUCUUUAGAUUUUUAAUUUGAUUUAUAAAAUUAUAUACUUAACAAGCGUU